GGAUAAAAGACACCCUGUUGGCUUGAGAAAGAAUGAGAAAGAGAGAAAGGGAGGGAGGGAGAGAGAGAGAAGAGCAGCAGCAGUUCCCUCCCUCCUUCUCACUCACUUCCUCUCUCCCUCCGCUCUGAGGAGACCUCACUGCUCAGCCUGCGCUCGCCUAUACCUUUGAUGCUGGCCACAGGAAUUUGAUAUACGUCAUACAAAGACCAUAAUCGACCACAUGCAUUCUCAGCAAUUUGUGGAAGUGGUUGGUGAUCCAGAUGGCUCCCAGAUUAUCUUCUCCAGCGAGCCCGGGGUUUCUUCAGGUCAACAGAUACUAACUUCUCCACAGAUGACCCAUGAGGUGAUCAUCUCCCCUGGACUCCCUACCCCGCCUCUGAGCCCUUUUCGCUCAGCAAGGCUGCCAUCUAGAGACUUCAAGGUGUCAGACAUUAAUGGAAGCAGUGCAACAACUCUCACCUUCGGAGCAUAUUAUGGCCCCUCGCAGUCACAUGGAGGACUGUCCAACGGCGUCCAGGGAUCUUCCACUUUACCACGCAGCUGGACUCCCACCAGGGAGGAGAGGCUUAUUAAGUACUCAGGAAUCGGCCCAGUGGAUGAAACUGGGAUGCCCAUUGCCUCCAGAUCAAGUGUGAACAAGCCUAGAGAUUGGUACAAGAGCAUGUUCAGGCAGAUUCACAAAAAGCCAGAGGAAAUGGAGCUAGACGCUUCAGAGCAGUGGUCAGCUGAAUGGCUCCAGCUACCUGCCAGCACAGAACAAAGUAAGGAGGCAGACAAGGAUCUCUUCAGACUAACACCUUAUGGAGCUCUACCAGACUGGAGCGAGGAUGUAGAUAAGCUCUCAGACCCGGGAAAGCAGCACCCUCAGCCAAGGAGCAUAUUCGACUUUGAGCCUGGAAAGAGCACCGUCGUAGAAAGCCAAAGCCAGGCUCAUCUAUCCCCGAAGAAACAGCCCGAGAAACCAAAGUCCCCUUCAGUUGAGGCCAGUCUGGUCUCUGAGCUGAAUCGAUUUGAGGCUGAGCUGGACUCGGAGAUCCAGGGCCUAGAAAGGAAACUUUCCCAGAAGAAGCAGCGCCGAGGCCAGGGUGAGGAGGCCCGAGGCAGGGAUCCACUAACUCCUUCAAGGACUGUCACUACAAACUCCAGCAAUUCAUCAGCAUCAAAGGAGCCUGUCCUUCGCUCUCUUGGCGCAUCACUGAGCUCUGCACCCACAUAUGUAGAACGUCUUUCUCCUGCAAAUGAAAACAUGGAGCUCCCACCUAAGAAAGAGGAGAAAAGGAUGAAAGCAGCACGAGCUAAGUUCAAUUUUCAGGCUCAGUCACCCAAAGAGCUCACACUGCAGAGAGGAGACAUUGUUUACAUCCACAGGCAGGUAGAUGCCAAUUGGUUUGAAGGAGAACAUCAUGGAAGAGCUGGCAUUUUCCCCACGUCUUAUGUGGAGGUUCUGCCUCCUACAGAGAGACCCACACCUAUAAAGCCUCCCACUCUGCAGGUACUAGACUAUGGAGAAGCUGUGGCUCUGUAUAACUUCAAUGCUGACCUACCUGUGGAACUUUCAUUUCGUAAAGGUGAGGUGAUCAGUGUAACCAGGCGUGUUGAUGAUAAGUGGUUGGAGGGGAAGAUCUCUGGGACCAGCCGGAGUGGCAUCUUCCCGGCCAGUUAUGUCCAGGUCAACAAGAUGCCUCGCACCAGAUACUCCUCAGAUGAUUACUCACCGAGGCCUCUGUCUCCCAUCUCCCCUGGACCCCAAAGUCCAGGGCGCCCGCUUCACUCACCGCGGUCACCAUUGUCCCCUUUCACCCCCACUUCCCUCAGCCCCAGACCUGAUCAGUCCUCUCUGAAGCCAGCUUCACCUGUACUGUAUGGGAGCCCAGCUUCACGGUCACCCACCCAGACACCUGUACCCAAAGAAACGGCCAGUUGGUGGCCCCACAGCCCCUCCGCAGCUGCUUCACCCACCUUCCAGAACAGCCAUGUGGCUGGGAUGCACUCAGCUAACCAGAGCUCCAUAGCUACAGCUGUUUCACCUUUCACUCAGUCAUCAGCAUCUGCACACAGAGCAGGAGCUCCCAGAGCAAACACUCCCAGAUACACUGACCCCUCACAGGGUGCAGUACCAAUCCGGGUGGCUCCAUCUAACCCACUUGUCAACUCCCAGCCACAAGCACAAGUGCCAAACAGCCCUGGCUCAAUAGUGGUGCAACGCCAACCAUAUAAAGCUGUUUACAACUAUAAACCACAGAAUUCAGAUGAGUUGGAGCUUCAGGAAGGAGACAUUGUACAAGUGAUGGAGAAAUGUGAUGAUGGCUGGUUUGUAGGUACGUCAGAAAGGACUCGUGCUUUUGGGACUUUUCCUGGGAAUUACGUGGCACCAGUUUGACUUCCACAUCCAUAUGGACUCACUCCAGUCCUCACCAACAGAUUUUGCUUUGACACCACAGCAUUUCUUCAUCCUGUUACCCACCACACUCUCAAGCCUGGUUUAGUCAGACCUGCAUGUUCACUCUGUUCCCCAGAACAAAGGUGAAAGCAGGGACAUCAUGCAGGGUUUUUUUUUUACUUCACCUCCCUGCAUGAGUGUGCACAUGUGUGUGAGAGUGUUUUCACACGCACCACUUGAGAGAAAAGGAUGAAUGCAGAUUAUAUGGUUUCAGAUGCGAAGAAUGGAUGUUUUUGUUUCACAGCUGUUUGCAGCUGCAGGAAAUUUGCAUUCCUUCCCACUGAAUAGCAUUGUUCCUUCUGAGGCCUUGAAACAGUAUGAUGUUGCAUUCAGCUUUGUCACCACGGUGCCAUCACAGAGCACUGCAGAGAAUUUUGAAUGAGAGUGAAACAUUCUUGAAGCAUUUUAUUGAAUUAUUAAUGUUAAUUCAAAUAUCUUCUCCAGAUUUUCUUUCAGAUGUCUGAAAAUACCGUGGGCAGGUUUGAGGAAACAACAGGAACAUCUGUGGAUAUGUGCUUAAAGUAAAACAGAGAAAGGGCUCGGACAUGUCAGGAUAAGUUUACAGCCCUCUAUGUGGCUAUGCGAAGGCAAAAAUACUGUACAAUAAUGCAUGUGCUGGUCUCUUAAACAAGUUAUUUGUGGCAGAAUAUUUGGCUGUUUUGGGUGAUGUUUGUCCCUGGUAAGCCAUGGAGUGGAUUGCCAAAGGUGAAAGUAGAGAGACAGCUCCUGUUCUGUGCUCUAACAGAAGUUGCUUUCAAACCUCUGUAAGUUCUACAAGACCAUUUAUGUUGAAUAGCUCUAAGACAUACCUAGGCAGUGCAUCCUCAGCUAAUGGCUGAAUGAUCUUUAAAAGUAUUUGAAAUAUCACAGUAUGUGCCAAAUCUAACAUUUCAUUAUGUCUUUUGUUUAAUUCUCCAUUAAACUCACAGCACACAUUAUCUUUGCUAUUACAGCUUCUGCAAUGUUUUGUCUGCUUAUGGGUUUAACAUUCUCUUUUUGAAAACAGUAUUCAGAAAACGGCUUAUGUUUGUGCCACUGUAGCCCUUGAUGUGUGACCUUUCUAAGCCUAGUGAGAAUUCCUGAUCAUGAAGUCAGUUUGCAUCUUUAUGAUAUUUUCAUGAUUUCACUGUAAAAAUGAAACAUGUUUAUUUGCCACAGAAGAUGAUUGUAUAGACUGUAACCUUUUAUCAAAUUGAAAAUAUAAUAUACUUGCCUAUAAAUCAAUGUAACCCGUGUAUGGUACGCAUUUUGUUUAAGCAAUUAAACAUUACAAAGUAA